GCCUGUCCGGGAUCAGCUGCUGGGUGGGACUCUGCAGCCAGCUGGAGGAUUGACAGUUUGGAGAUCAGUGAGUGUAGCGUUUGAAUGGAAACGGCAUCGGCAACUUCUGUCCGGAUGCAUCGUUAAAAUACAGCAUAUUUCUAGAAAGUCUCCCAUCAGCUGUAGAGAGAACACGUUAUUUGCUUAUGUAUUCCCAUUGUAAAGUGCGUAACAAGCGCUUUGCAAAGUGAGUUUCCUCACAGGCUUCACUACGCAGUUUAGCAGAAUGCAAACCAUGAAGCUGCAGAAGAAAGUUAGAGAUCUAAAAGCAAACUGCGUCAGAUAGUCUGCUGCUACUAGACUGCAACCAUGUAGCUAGUUUGUUUUGGUUAUUCAUUCAGCAGAAUAUGACAUUUGCAGUUACCAUGCAAGACACUUUUGAAGAGUAGCCCGUAGGUUGUGAGUGAACUAUAGGAAGCAGAAUCAGUAAAGAGAGGUUUAUCUGCGCUCCCAUCCACGCAGUUUGCAGCUUCUGCUCCUCCUGACAAACAUGGCAAGACUACGGAGGAAAGCUUGCAUAGCUCUGUUUCUCUUUACGCUGUUUAUCUUUGGAGCCAUGAUGGGGCUGCGGACCCUGAAGCCCACUGACGGCUUCUCGGAUCUGUCUCCGGGCGUGGAGCUCCUGCCGAUGAUCGGGGGGAAGAUGGACCGGAGAUCCGUGUCCCGUGACGCCUCCGCUGCUCCUGGUGAAGCCCAACCGGGAGCUAGCAACACCAAAGCAGUUCUGUCCAACUCCGGACCCGAGGGGACUAUAUUUUAUGAUGUUCAUAUUUUUUACUACACCUGGUACGGUAACCCAAACUUGGACGGUAAAUACAUUCAUUGGGACCACAUACUGGUUCCUCACUGGGACAUCAAAGUAGCUUCAAGCUAUCCGAGAGGGAGACACAUGCCACCCGAGGACAUCGGUUCCAGUUUCUACCCCGAACUUAAUCCGUACAGCUCGAGGGACCCGGACGUGUUGGAGUCCCACAUGGAGCAGAUCGGGGCAUCUGCUGCAGGGGUUCUGGUCCUGUCCUGGUAUCCUCCGGGCUUUGCUGACGACAACGGGGAACCCACUGAGGAUUUGGUACCAUCUGUACUGGAUGCUGCAUAUAGACACAACCUCAAGGUUGCAUUUCACAUCCAAUCAUACAGAGAACGAAACGACCAGAGUGUGCACGACAACAUCAAGUAUAUCAUUGACAGGUAUGGUGACCAUGGAGCCUUCUUCAAGUAUACUACCAACACAGGGAAGAGCCUUCCUCUAUUUUACAUCUACGACUCGUACCUGACUCCUCCAGAGUCCUGGUCUGAAUUCCUGACACCCACCGGUGCCCACAGUGUGCGAGACUCAGCCUACGACUCCAUCUUCAUCGCCCUGAUAGUGGAGGAGCGCCACAAGCACGACAUCCUCGCCGGGGGCUUUGAUGGCAUGUACACUUAUUUUGCCUCCAACGGUUUCUCCUUCGGCUCUUCUCACCAGAACUGGAAGACAAUCAAAGCUUUCUGUGACGGCAAUAAUCUCAUCUUCAUCCCCAGCGUUGGACCCGGUUAUAUCGACACUAGCAUCCGGCCGUGGAACAACCACAACAUGCGCAACAGGGUGAACGGUCGCUACUUUGAGACGGCCCAGCAGGCGGCGCUCAAUGCCAGGCCAGAAAUCGUCACCAUCACUUCCUUUAAUGAAUGGCACGAGGGGACGCAGAUAGAGAGAGCGAUGCCCAAAAAAACUGUGACUCGUGUUUACUUGGACUAUCAGCCACACGGACCCGAUCACUACCUGGAGUUGACCCGUCGCUGGGCAGAGCAGUUCAACAAAGAGAAGCAGCAGUGGCUCAUGUGAGCUUUUAGACAGACUUGAAACGGCAUGCUAUAGUGAAGAGUGUGUAGUGUACACAUGAAGGAGAAAUAUAGGGGGGUGAAUGUGGGGGGUGAAUGUAGGAGCUGUUGAGAUGUGAGUGUAUAAGGACAUGCUAUGACCUUCAACAAGACAAGAUGCGCGAGUUUCUGUGCAUGCAUAUGUUUGUGCACACAUGCUGAUCUGGCAGGUUAGGACACUGUGUCCUCAGUACGAAUUGUCCUGGUUGGGUUUUGGGGUAAAGCUGUAAUAAAGGGUUAUUCUGGGGACGUUCUGAAAUGCUUCGUCAGCAGUCUCUUGCUCUUUUCUAAAUUAAUGCAACUUAAUAAACUAAACAAACACACUAAGAAAACUGUAACCAUGAAAUAAAGAAUCCAUUACAAUCCCCCGACACUUAAUGCACACUUUAUGUCUAACACUGUUUCUGUAUACAGAUGUUCCAGUUUACCAGAAGGAUUGAUUGAGGUGAGGACAUGGUGUUUAAAAAGCAGUAAGUGAGGGUUAAGCAAGUGGCAAUAACAGGUUAGUAUUUUGUAAAUACUUGAAUUCCCUCUCUGGCAGAAGAUAAGAUUGAUACCACUCUCAUAUCGGCCUGUUAAAUAUGACACCAGUUAGCUUAGCUUAGCAUAAAGACUAGAAAAAGGGAAACAGCUCAGUUCUGUCCAAUGAUAACGCAAUGAAUUGACCAGCAGCACAUUUAAAGCUCAUUUAUCAACACAUCUUCAAAUCUAGAUUCCCCUCAAAGAGUCAGUUGUUAUUUUGUAUUAUUUGAAAUAACAUAUUUGAAUUUUUGUUUUUGUAGUUAUUUACGAUUUUUUCAAAUUUGUUUAAAGAGGCUGUGUUAUUAAAACUAAUGAUGAGCUUAACAAACAUUUCAGAAAAAGUACGUUUGUUGGCAAGUAAAAUAAUAUACCCUGAAGUGUAAAGCAUUCAGAUUAGCAUCAACAUCAGCAUAAGUCAAUCCAUCUGGAAGUAAAGUGAAUCAGACAGCCCGUCUUAUGGCUGCAAAAACAGUCCAAAUAUAGCAACAUUUCCCUAAUAUUUACAGAUGUACCAGUUAGCUAAUCUGAGAUUUGGUGUCAUUUCCUUUUAUGGAGAGAAGCCAUGUUCAUCGUGGGCAACAUAACCUUCAGUUACUUUAAUAAAAACAACUGAAUGGGAAGUUUUAAGGCCAAGGCUCUAUGUUGAAAAGUGGAUAAAUGAAUAGAAAUGUACCAAUUCCUGGAGCACUCUGUUAUAUGGACUCGUUUGAUAAAAGCCUGCUGUCUAUUCAAGUAAAAGGGUACUUUAAAUAAAAGUAUGCUGGUACU